CUCUCUCUCUCUCUCUUCGUGUGUGUGUGUGUGUGUGUGUGUGUGUGUGUGUGUGACAGAGAGUGAGGGACGUAGAGAAAGUCAGUGCGCUCGGUGCAGUGUUCACAGAUUGAGAGAUUAAGGAUUAAGCGGCAGAAUGAAAGCGACGAAACUUUAGAAGUAGAGAAUGGGGUGUGUACAGUGUAAGGAUAAGGAUGAGCCGAAGCUAGCAGAAGGUGAUGGCUCUAUGACAUUCCCGACUGGACACGGUCACUUUGAUUCUGCUCAUCAUCUCAGCCCCGCCUUCGGAGCAGCGUCCAUCCCAAACUACAACAACUUCACAACAUCCGGAUCUUCACUCUCUGUGUUCGGGGGAGCCAACAUACACACACAGACACACACCGGAGUCCUACACACACAACGAGCUGCAGGAGUCACUCUGUUUGUAGCUCUGUAUGAUUAUGAGGCUCGGGCUGAAGAUGAUCUUACUUUUAGGAAAGGGGAGAAGUUUCAGAUCAUUAACAACACUGAGGGUGACUGGUGGGAAGCGCGCUCUCUCACUACAGGAGGAAGCGGUUACAUUCCCAGUAAUUACGUCGCUCCAGUUGACUCCAUCCAGGCUGAGGAGUGGUAUUUCGGUAAACUGGGUCGGAAGGAUGCAGAGAGGCAGCUCCUUUCUCCAGGAAACCAGCGAGGCUCGUACCUCAUCCGGGAGAGUGAGACCACCAAAGGUGCGUUCUCUCUGUCUAUCCGAGACUGGGAUGAGGUUAAAGCUGACCAUGUAAAGCAUUAUAAGAUCCGUAAGCUGGACAGUGGGGGUUAUUACAUCACCACACGCUCACAGUUCCAAACGCUACAGCAACUCGUCCAGCACUAUUCAGAGCGUGCAGCAGGUCUGUGUUUCCGAUUGGUUUCCCCGUGUCACAAAGGGAUGCCCCGCCUCACUGACCUGUCAAUGAAAACCAAAGACGUGUGGGAGAUCCCGCGUGAAUCCCUGCAGCUCAUAAAGCGAUUGGGCAACGGCCAGUUCGGGGAGGUCUGGAUGGUGCAUGCGGAUGGUCUGUGCUAUCAUUUAAGCGGUGUGUGUGUGAGCUACACACCAGAAACGGUGGGUCUUACACAUGACACCUGGGAAAUUGCUCGUGAGACUCUACAGCUGGACGUCAAGCUUGGAGCGGGAUGUUUUGCUGAUGUCUGGUGUGGAACAUGGAAUGGAAACACCAAGGUAGCGGUGAAGACCCUGAAACCGGGCACCAUGUCCCCCGAGUCGUUUCUGGAGGAAGCUCAGAUCAUGAAGAAUCUGCGUCACGAUAAACUGGUGCAGCUCUACGCCGUCGUCUCUGAGGAGCCCAUCUACAUUGUCACCGAGUACAUGAGCAAAGGAAGUCUGCUGGAGUUCCUGAAGGGCGCGGAAGGACAAGUUCUGAAGUUACCCAACCUCGUCGACAUGGCCGCCCAGGUAGCUGGAGGAAUGGCCUACAUUGAGAGAAUGAACUACAUCCACAGAGACCUGCGAGCCGCCAACAUCCUGGUGGGAGAAAAUCUGGUGUGUAAAAUUGCAGACUUCGGUCUCGCCAGACUCAUCGAGGACAAUGAGUACACCGCUCGCCAAGGUGCGAAGUUCCCCAUCAAGUGGACGGCUCCCGAGGCGGCGCUUUACGGAAAGUUCACCAUUAAAUCAGACGUCUGGUCCUUCGGCAUCCUGCUCACAGAACUGGUAACCAAGGGACGAGUACCGUAUCCAGGGAUGAAUAACAGGGAGGUGUUGGAGCAGGUCGAACGCGGUUACCGUAUGCAGUGUCCCAUAGACUGUCCAGCAUCUCUGUACGAGCUCAUGCUGCAGUGCUGGAAGCAGAACGCAGAAGAACGUCACACCUUCGAGUACCUGCAGGCCUUCCUGGAAGAUUACUUCACCGCCACCGAGCCGCAGUACCAACCCGGAGACAACUUAUGAUCCUGCCCACAGCGCCUCCCCCCUUCGGCCCAGAGACGGCGUCACAGCUUCCUUUAUACUUGCGAUUAUCUCCAGCACAGAAGAAGCUCCAGACUGAAGCAGAUCUGAAGGAGGAGCCGCAGGGGGGUGGAGGAGGGUGGAGAGAGUGAAGGGAAUUCUGGGUAAUUUAAGUCUUGUCAACCUGAUGGAAGGGUUUUUUUUGUGUGUGGUUAUUAGUGAACAGAAUUGUGGGUAAGAAUGUGAUUUAAGGUGUUUUUUGAGCACAGCGCCCUCUUCUGGUUCGAAGUUUAUUUAAGCAGCUUAACUUCUCAACUUUAGUGAGAGGAAUUGUGGGUAAUGUGUGUGCUCAAGUACAGACAGAUAAUGCCCAAAGACCCCGUUAUGCAAUGGCGCCUUUGUUGUUUUGCUUUUUUUCUUUUCGUUCUGUACGCUAAUGCUAACAACAAAAUCUAAGUUUAAAAAUAAUAUAAGUUGCAUUGUUUUUAGCCAAAUGUAUAAGAGAAGUUUUGAUUUUAAAACCACUGUUUAAGUGUUAUUUUACUUCCUGGGCUCAGGUGUUAAUGAUCGUGUGACCGUGAUGAGGGUCACACUUCCUGUGAAACAAUUUCAAACACCAACUCACUAAAGGCUUCACCUUUUCACUCUUCUUUGCUUCUUUAUUUUCCUUGGUGAUUUGUUUGGACUGCCACAAGGGGGUGCUGUUUAAUAUCUCACCCUCGUCCACUUCCCCUAACAAUCUCUAGCUGAUGUGGCCUAAUCACUGCUCUGCUAAGUGGCUAGCUGGAGGAUUUUAAACCUGACCUGGACAAUCGUAUGGUCCUCUCCGGAAAUAUCUGACCGCUUGUAUUUACACCAGAAACGGCUGUACAAGACCACAUAUAUGCAUUCUGGGUAAUUUUUGUCUGAAGAGAUGUCUGAAGGGUACUCAAUUAAGGGAAAGUGAAUGAGGGAACGUUAAAUAUGGGCCUCGUGUCAUUUGACCUGCUUUUAUAUUACACUUUGUUGCAUGUUGUUGUUUUUUUAAAAUAAAUUUGCAAAUUUUAAAUAAAACAAAUAUUUUACACUCUUUUACA